AUGUUGAUUUUCAAAUCAAUUCUCGCAAUCAAUACUAUCCUAAAACCCAGCGCAGACUCGUUUUCCACUUUAUUGCAUAAAUACUUCUGUUUCAAUGUUGUUGCAAAAUGCCGAAUUUUCCAGGUCUCGCUGCGAUCUGUGCGUUUUUGCGUGAAGAGCGUUGCGGGCUUUGGUCGUCGUGUUCAUGUUCUUCAGAAGUUCGUCGAUUUCGAGAAUAAGGCUAUUAAUAAGCGAGAGUUACUACUUCAAUCCUGCAAGCUCCAGCUCUUUCUUCGAUCUUCUCGUGACUUCGUACAAAUCGUUGAUUCGUUGAUUGAAACCGCCGAAUCCAUCCAUCUUCGGCACGAUCCCGAACAUCUGGCUCGUGCCCAAAAGAUUCUUGGGAGGUUACGUGGCGAAGUCGAUGGGAAACGGCAUUCCGUCCCAUCCUUGGAACGCGAAGCAGACGCUCUUCUUGAGAAUGGUCACUAUGCUGCGGAAGAUAUUCAAGUGAGUAUAUCUAUCGUAAAUACACUGCAAAAUGUAUCUGCGGUGACCGAAAAUUUUUAUCUCCCCCGUUCUCUAUUACAGAAAACAAUUUCGGACGUCCGCUCUCGCUGGGAGCACCUAUUGCAACUUCUCAAAUUGAAGCAGCUACAAGUUCAGACAGAACUGGAAUCAAUCGAUUUCGGACGAAAAUGCUCAUCGAUUCUGGAUUGGAUGACGAAGACUAAAGCUAUCGAACAUCCUUCCAAACAGAUAUUUGAUGAGAUUCGAAAAUACGCAUUCAUCUGGAAUGAGAUUUCAGCCACUUAUCAGCAAUUUCCGGAACCUUCAUCAAUUGAUACUGAGAACUUUGAAAGUGUACGGGAUAGUUGGUACGAUUUCCAACAAUACGUUGAUGCCAUCCACCGCGAGCUUGACGAUAACGAACGCCUUCAAAAGUUUGUCGACAAUGCUGAGCAUCUGAAUAUUUGGAUGAGAGACAAGGAACGAGAAAUUCACGACAAGUACUCCAAUUUGAACGUUGAAGAAGCUAUGAAAUAUCGCAAAACUAUCGAUAUCGAAAUAAAAAGUACUGAGCAACGUAUCAAAGAUCUCAAAGAACAAGCGACUGAUCCCAACAGUAAUGAGAAUUUCCAAAAUCAUCCCGAGCUUCUGAAUCAAGUUGUGCAAGUGGAAAAGACGUUCAAGUCGUUUCAAAAAUACAUCCAGAAAUGGAGAUCCGACUUGGAAUUUGCUGCUGAGUUGGACACUCUCCUCAAAGAAGCUGAAAACAUUCGUUUCUGGUGUUCUGAAAAAGUUGAAAAUCUACAAGUAAUGGAACAGUCAGAUUCUGUGGAUUGCGACGAAAUAGCAAUGUGGAUUGAGACGAAUAACUUUGAUUUCAAGUCAUGGGAUAGUGUUGUCGAUCAGUUCGUAGCAAGUGCAGAGUUUCAGAAACUUCUCGUAAAUGGUUCCGAUGAAGACAUAGAGAAGGAAGUUGAAAAAAUCAAGUCACUGUAUAGUCAAACGAAAGAGGAGUCGAAGGCUUGCAAUGAACUCUUGAAGAUUCGCAUGGAAACUAUCAGUCUUGAGAUUCUUAUUUAUCAAACACACCAAAAAGCUUCUCAUUUGGUCUCUGUCCUCCAAAAGAAUGAAGACAUCAAUGUACUAAAAGUGGAAGACGCAGAAACAGAGCUCAGAAUGCUUACGGGUGUAGCCGUUCGAUGUGCAUCUGUGAUUGAACAAAUCGAAACUAUCGAAUACAAGAUUGAUCAAAACAGAAAACAGCUUCCACUUUUAAGCAGUAACGCAAACGAACAGCUAGAAGAACUGUCUACGAUGAAGAGUAUUCUAGAAAGUUCUCCCGAAGAGAGAACGGCUCAACUGAAACAUUUCCUCGAUGCUGCUCACAUUAUUGAGAAUUGUCGGGAUAUCAGGAAACAUAUCGAGACGAUUUGGCAGAGUUUGCAGGAAGGAAGAAAGAAGCGCGAUAGUACUCAACCACUAAAAGAACAAGUUGACUCACUAAUGAACGAAAUGCAAGUUUUGAACUUGAAUGACGAUGAAAAAAUAAAAGCGGAAGAUGAACUGACUCGUGCAAAGAAAACAUUAGAACAAGUUGAAGUGGAGCAAGAUAGACUCACUAAGCAGAGUAAUGCAAGAAGAGAAGCUAAAAAAACGGAGAAGUUUGUAGAAAGAGUUCAUCAGUGGAUGGAAGACAGUUUGAAAGACGACGAUGAAACCGAUUUUUCUUCUCACAAUCAAAAUCUUCAUAGUUAUCUUGCUAACAACAAACAUCUUGUUUCUACCGCAAAUGCAUACAAGGAUUCUAUCGAGAAAAAGCGAGCCGGACUAACUGAAACUGAUGACUAUGAACAGAAGUGCCUUCUUGAUGGAAUUCAGAAUGCUCUUGAAAACUUUAACGAGCAAGUACUGCAGAAAAUUGAUGAUACUGAAAACCGUAUCAAAAGUUCCGAGAGAUUGUCAGAGCUUCAUUCUCAAAACGACUGGAUUCGAGUAAAGAUCAGAUCGCUCAGCGUUGAACCAAUUUGGGAUUCCUUGCUCAUAGCACAAAAGAUGAAUCGCCGCUAUGAGAAAGAUUCUGAAGAGAUCGAAAGUCGUCGAAAACACAUAAACGAGGUCUACUUAUUUUUCAUUUAUUGUGUAUUUUCCAGAUUUCAGAUAGUAACAGGCAGUGUUUCUGUCGAACAUCAACCAAUUCUGGAUGAAAUUGAGAACAACUGGAGCCGUAUGAAAGCAAUGUUUGAUGAAAGAGGAGGCAUCUUAGAGAGAAUGAUCAAACUUUACGAAUACGACGAAGAGUCUAAUACUACAUCCGAGUGGUUGGGUGAGAAGAUGAUGUAUGCUGAUGCUAUGGAGCCUAAAGAAGACGAAACGUUCAAUAAAGUCAUGGUUAAGAAGUUGGAAGCAUUGGCCGAUGAAGUGGAAAGCUAUAAACCGAAAAUCGUUGAGAAUCAUGCACUUCUUGAAGACGCUCUUGUCACUCCCAAAACGAAGGAUUCGGUAUCUCAGCAAGUCAUCAAGCUGAAAUCUGCUCUCACUAGAAAGCAAGGCGAAAUCGAGUCGGAUUAUGUCGCUUUGAAAAGAAUGGUGGAUAAGAAGCUGGAAAAUCUCCGAACAUUGCUUCAGGAUGCAGAUAUCAUCCGCGAAAUCGGUGAUAUGGAGAGAUGGAUUGAGGAAGAAGGAAACUUGCUCAACAGAUGCUUAGCAGCAGACUCUGAAGAGCUUCCAAUGAAAAUAGAUGAUGUGAUGGCGAAUGUUCAAAGAAGAAGAUCCAAUUUGACUGAUAUCAAGUGUUCUGCUAUGGGAGGUGGACAAUUACAGACACAAAAGGUGGACGAUGCAUUUGACAUGCUCGACAUUUUCUCGUUUGAAGUGGAUAGAAUCAAACAAAAAGCCAGCCGUUCUGCACUUUUCAAAAAGUUAAAAACAGAGGCCGAAGAUGUGAUCGAUGCUAUCCAAGAGACGCAAGAGAGAAUCGAUUCGUAUCCAAGUUUGAGUAGGAAGAAUGGAGUUUUCCAAGAACUGCCUAAUCUCGACGGGGAUUUAGAGACUUUGAGACGCAGAGUGGUUGCUUCUCUUGACAAAGCCAAAGAAGUUCGAGCUGCAAACGCUGAUUUGGCUCCACAAGUGUAUGAUCUUGAAGAACGUAUAGAGAAAGAGUGGACUGAUGUUAGCAAAGCUGCUGAAAACCGAAAGAAGCGAAUGGAAAGAGGAAAGCUUUUUGCUGAUUUGGAAAAUGAAUUGCUUGAUAUGGAACAUUGGGUAGACACUUUCAACGAGAAAGUAAUUGUUGUCAUUGGAGACAUUCAUGAUGCGUUGGGUGUGCAAGUUGGAUUGGAAUCUAUUGAUACUUGGAGAGAGGAGCUUUCACAUCGUGUUGAUCAGUUGAACGACGUCAAGAAUGGUUUGGCAUCGGUCUUGAACACUAUUCCCAAUCAAGACCAAAGAAAUGAAUGGUUGGAAAGAGUGUCGAAUAUCGAGAGCGAUCUCGUGAAGGCUCGACAAACGAUUGAUGCGAAACAAGAUGAGCUCAGCGAGUUUUCUCAUGUUCUAGUAGCGGAACGAAACUGCGAGCGACUGUUCAACUGGGCAGUUAAUAAGAGGGAGAAAUUGGAGCUGGAUGCUGCAACGUGUAAUGCGAAAACAGUGAUUCGAAAAAUGAACGAAGUGGAAAAGAUGAUGAUCAGUCGUGCCGGAGAGGUGGACGAGCUACGCGAUUUUCUCGAGAAACUCAAAGAAAGCAAUAAGCCUAGCACCUUCAAAAGCACCGAGUUGGGGGAGAAAUUCGAACGGUUGGACGAUGAGUGGAGAUAUCUGGAAGAAGAACUGAAAAGGAAGGAAAGAGACCUGAAUGAGUCAAUGUCACAGUUGCUGCUCGACGAGCAAUUUGAAAAAAUCCAGCAGUGGAUUGAAGAGCGUACUGAGUUGUUGGAAGGAGAAAAAUCUACAGAGAACAAACCAAGUGAUAUAGAAAGACGUCAAAAACAAUACGAAAAAUUGGCGUCGGAAAUCAAUGAAUAUCUCCCAGUAUACGAAGACUUCUUAACCAACGAUCAUAUAGAACAUGACAAAGUUCACAUUAUCCGAGAAAUGUGGAGUAGUCUGAUAGAAACGACAACGAUUCACCAGAAGUCGCUGGCCCAAGAGGUUCAGAAAAAUCGACUUCGCGAUCUUCUGGAUGAUAUAGGAAACUGGUUGACGGACUCUGAAACAGAAGUUCAUUCAUUUGUGAAUUUCACCACUCUUUACAAUAAUGUGGAUGCAGAAAAAGCGUCUCGACGUUUGAAAUCACUCAACGAGCAAGCCGGAGAGAAAGAUGAUCUUCUGAGACGCGUACGUCAAGAUGGAGACACUAAGGAGAUUGUAGAGAAGUUGAAAGCCGGCAUUUCCGAACUCAAAUUGCUAAUCAAAGCAAAUUACGAAGAUCUCGAAGUGUGGAAAAACAUGCAAGACAUUGUGAAGUCUAUCGAUGAUGAGAUAUGCUGGUAUAAAGAAAUCAGUGUUAUCGUUUCUACCACGGACGUCGGUCAUGAUUCUUCUUCUCUUGAAGUUAUCCGACGCAAACAUCAGCGUCUUCUUCUUGAAUCUGAACGACGCAAGCAGAAGGUGUCAAAAAUUGUGGACCGUACAACUGAAUUGAUGUCUGGUCCUCGUCGUCCAUCUCUGGAUUCCAAAAUUGAUGAGAUUGACGAGAAAUUAGCUCAAUUGACUGAAUUGUUAGAGAAUAAUAACCAGAUCGCCAAAAUUCGCACGAAUCGCUUGGAAAAAUGGGCUGAAUAUUUCAUUGUAAUUGAUGAGAUCCGAGAGAAAGAACAUGUUCUUGACCAAAUUUGUAUUAUGAAAAAUGGAUCACAAGACGCAGUUCUGGCUGAAGUUGAACGUAAAUGUGGUUUAUUGAAGACUAUUGGUGAUCAGAUGGACACGUUGAAGCAAAGCGCGGAAGCAUUCACAAACGAUGAAAUUAUUCGUUCAAAAGCCGCUGAGAAUGCUGUUGAGAAACUCCGAGUCAAAUGGUUAGAAGUGGUGAAUAUGAUGGAAGAGAAGUAUCGUAAACUCAAGGAAGCUAUGGACUCGUCGAAGUUUGCUUGGAAAUGCGAUACAGCAAAUCAUUGCAUUCGUGAUCAAGAAGAAAAGAUUUCGAAUCUCGUUCGUCAACAGAAACCAACAAGCAAUUUCGAAGUUGCUGCUUAUCAUGCAACCACUAAUUUCGUCGAGACUUACACAAAUGAAACCAUUGAGAAACUGACACAGAUCUCAGGACAGCUUCCAGAUCCAGUUGAAGCAGAUCGAAAACUGGCAACUGUGUUAGAUAGAUUGAGUUCGUUGAAAAAGCAGUUGGAACUUCUAGCUGAGAAAAUAGACAACGACGGACAACGAAAAAGACGAAUUCAAAGCAUUCAAGAUGACUAUUCAAAAAGAGCAUGUGAAUUGGGUAACUGGCUGGAGCAGGCGGAGGAAGAAGUUUCUGAUGUUGUGUGGUUCCAAACAAAGGAGUCAUCCGAAGAUUGUCGUCACACUCUUAUUCGAAUUCUCGAACUUCUCCGAAACGACAAAGCUGAGCUUCUCGGUGAGCUCGAACUACUCGAGGUCGAGCUAGCUGAGUUGAACGAGGAUGUCAGUACCUUCACUUGGCAUUCGUAUGAAUCUCUUGCCAGUCGUAUGGAAAGACUUGAUCAGACCAUUACUGAUCGCGUCAGAGUUGUGGAUGGAGAAAUCAACAGACACAUGGAAAACGAAAAAAUUUGCGAAGAUGCCGCGAGUUGCCUACAAAUGUGUCGAAAUGUGAUCUUGGAAGUGAAGAAGGAGAUUAAUCAGCUUCACAACAUGAAGUUGGACGAUCAGCGGGACAAACUGAUGGAUUUGAUUGAGAAAGUCCAAGGGAGUGGAAUGGUGCGAGAACUUGAGAAAUGGAGAAGCCUAAUGGGAUCUCGUUAUAUUUUCUCCAACAAGUUUUCCUCUGCAACACCACACGGAGUUUUGGUCGAGGCCUGUCAUUGUCUGGAGCUGAUGAGUUCCAUGCUGCGUUCGGUGGAACAAUCAAUUUCAGAAAGAAACAGCAGUGGUGUGACGGAAAAGCAGAUCCGUGAAUUUGAGCUAGCCUUUGAGUACUUCGAUCGGGUAACCUUCUUCAAAACUACAGAACUUAUAUGUUAUUUUCAGGAGAAAAAAGGAUGGCUCGAUUAUGAGCAUUUCGAGCUGUGCAUCAAGUCUCAAGGCUACGAUUUCUCCAUCGAAACAGCUACCUCCGAAACCAUGAAGUUCUUGGAUCCAACAAAUAGUGGACGUAUUCUUAAAACUGAAUAUAUGCGCUGGAUGGUGAAGAACGAGACUACAAACAUUCUUGACGAUCACUCUGCCAUUGAAGAUGCUCUGAAAAGUCUGGAUGCCAGAAAAAUCUCGGAUAGUAUGUCACGAAAAGAGGCGGAGUUUUUCAUGAGAAAGAUUGCGAUGCACACGGAGACGUUCACCGAGCAUGUGCACCUUGAGUACAAGGACUUUGUUGACUCGUUUUAUUAA